CCCAAACCCUUCGCCACGCGGAAAGCUAGAGAGAAGACAUAAGGCUGCGGUCGCCGGCUGGGAUCUUUGUCUGGGCGAGCGGAGGGGAUAGGUUGCUUCGCGGCCAGCAACACCACCUGUCGCUAGGCGAGAAGCCAGGUGAAAAAAAUGAUGUUCUCCAGAUUAAAAGGAGUUGCCUCUCCUUGUACAUUGGCAUGUCGAAGAGUGCACAUCAAAGAAAAAGGCAAGCCAUUAAUGUUGAAUCCAAGAACAAACAAAGGAAUGGCAUUUACAUUGCGAGAACGACAAAUGCUUGGACUUCAAGGGCUUCUGCCUCCUAAAAUAGAGACACAGGAUAUUCAAGCUUUACGAUUCCAUAAAAACUUAAAAAAAAUGAGCGAUCCUUUGCAAAAAUAUGUCUAUAUAAUGGGAGUUCAAGAAAGAAACGAAAAGUUAUUUUAUAGGAUCCUUCAAGAUGAUAUUGAAAGUUUAAUGCCAAUAGUAUAUACCCCAACAGUGGGCCUGGCCUGUUCACAAUAUGGACACAUCUUUCAGAAACCUAGGGGAUUAUAUAUUUCAAUCUCAGACAGAGGCCAUAUUAGAUCAAUUGUGGAUAACUGGCCAGAAAAUGAUGUUAAGGCUGUUGUGGUAACUGACGGAGAGAGAAUAUUGGGUCUUGGAGAUCUGGGUGUCUAUGGAAUGGGAAUUCCAGUAGGAAAGCUUUGUUUAUAUACAGCUUGUGCUGGAAUACGACCAGAUAAGUGCCUCCCUGUGUGUAUUGACGUGGGAACUGACAAUACUACACUCUUAAGAGAUCCAUUUUAUAUGGGCUUAUAUCAGAAAAGAGAUCGCUCACAGCUUUAUGACGACCUGAUUGAUGAAUUUAUGGUAGCUAUUACUGACAGAUAUGGCCAGAACACACUUAUUCAAUUUGAAGACUUUGGAAAUCAUAACGCUUUCAGGUUCCUAAGAAAAUAUCGAGAAAAAUAUUGUACCUUCAAUGAUGAUAUUCAAGGGACAGCCUCUGUAGCACUGUCAGGUCUUCUUUCUGUAGAAAAAGUUAUUGGUACACCAAUCUCAGAGCAUACUAUCUUGUUCCUUGGUGCAGGAGAGGCUGCCCUGGGAAUUGCGAAUCUCAUUGUUAUGGCCAUGAAAGAAAGGGGCAUUUCAGAAGAAGAAGCAUAUCAAAGAAUUUGGAUGUUUGACAAGUUUGGCUUAUUAGUUAAGGGAAGGAAAGAUAAAAUAGAUAAUGUUCAAGAACCAUUUGCUCACUUAGCUCCUGAAAAGAUACCUAAUACUUUUGAAGAAGCAGUAAAAAUACUUACACCUUCAGUUAUUAUUGGUGUUGCUGGUGCUGGCCGACUUUUUACUCCUGAUGUGAUCAAGACUAUGGCCUCAAUUAAUGAGCGUCCAGUAAUAUUUGCUUUGAGUAAUCCUACCACAAAAGCCGAAUGCACAGCUGAAGAAGCAUACACACUUACAGAGGGUCGGUGCUUAUUUGCCAGUGGUAGUCCAUUUGAGCCUGUGAAAUUAAGUGAUGGGAGGCUUUUUGUGCCAGGCCAAGGAAACAAUGCUUAUAUUUUUCCAGGGGUGGCUCUAGGUGUAAUUCUCAGUAGUGUUCGACAUAUCAGUGACCAAGUCUUCCUAGAAGCUUCAAAGGCAUUAACAGAACAAUUGACAGAAAAGGAUAUAUCCCAAGGAAGGCUUUACCCACGACUCAGUAAUAUUCAGGAAGUUUCCACUAACAUUGCUAUUAGAGUUGUAAAUUAUCUAUAUGCCAAUAAGAUGGCUUUCCGCUACCCAGAACCAGAGGACAAGAGCAGCUAUGUUAGAUCCAGAAUGUGGAAAAGCAAUUAUGAUUCUUUGCUGCCGGAUGUAUAUGAAUGGCCUGACUUCGCAGCAUCACCUCCCAAAAUAAUUGAAUAGAAGCAUUCCUACUAAAAGAACACUUGCUAAGCUGCAGGGACCUCCUGACUCUCCCCCAACCCCCUUUUUCCAGACCAAGUAGAAAAAAUGUUUGAGAUAUGCAGGAUUUCUGUGUUUUGUUAUCUUACUCUAUUUGCUUGAUUUAUGUUCCCCCAAGUAUCUACAAAUAUCAUUUGUGAUACAGUAUAUCACCUACAUUGUUCAUGCAUUUAAAAAGGUUCAAUUGACUAUAAU